CCUGACCAUUGAUCGGCGAUCCGAAAACGUGCCAUUCAGCUGCCUAACUAAACUAUAUCUGAUCAUCACGGAGGCCGGCCUGUGAAAUCUUGCUGGUUUGGUGCUCUAUUGGGUGUUAUCUCUACCAUAAUGGUAGCUAACACAGCUGGUCUAGAAGUAACAUGUCCCCAACUGCGAUUCUUGGCGUGGUAAGGCGAGGCGAUUCUUGGUCCUUCUGUCAAAAGUUAGAGUCGCCAUCGCUUAACCCCCCACAGUCAGUGACAUCCAAAUCUUAGGUCAGGAGGUAGCCAGCGGAAAUACUCGCAAUAUUCCGCUGCGAUGUCAGGUACAACGUGACAAUCCCCCUGUCUAUCCCCAUACCGUGAAUGCAUAUUCGCGGCUCGUCGUUUCCCAUGGGAAAACAGGACCAGGGGGUGAUCUCGGCUAUAUUCGCGAUAUUAACCGCCAUGCUUUUAUACGACGGGAUCCGUGACGGGACGGCAGCAGCAUGCAAAAGGAAAUGAAGAAAAAUCUCCGGGGAAUCCUGAAGUAGGGAGAUUCGUUCACCCGGCCACAAAUUUAAAUAGACGACGAGUCCCGCGUCGUGACAGCGAGCCUGAAGAAGCAUCUAAAACGAUCGCCUUCGCUCUUCUCAGGAUGCAGCUGACCGUGAACUCGCUCGCCGCCGGCCUGGCGCUGCUCACGCCCAGUGCCCAUGCGCUCCUCCGUUUCUCGUGCUCGCAGCUCGUCGUCGAGCGUCUCGACCCGCUCGUCUUCCCCGGCGUCACGGGCUCGCCGCACGUCCACCAGAUCAUCGGUGGUAACGCCUUCAACCAGUCUAUGGAUUACCCGCGCAUGGAUAUCCCAAGCGAGGCCACAUGUACCACGUGCACCUUCGCCGAGGACUUGUCCAACUACUGGACUGCCGUCCUCUACUUCCGUGCCCGCAACGGCACUUUCAAGAGGGUCCCGCAGAUGGCAAACUCCGGGUUCGAGGGCGCAAACGGCGGUAUGACCGUUUACUACACGCCCAGCUACAACAACGGCAAGGUUACUGCUUUCAAGCCUGGCUUCCGAAUGAUCGUCGGAGACCCGUCAUACCGAACCGAGGCCCAGGCCAAGAAGUUCCGUCAGCUUACUUACACUUGCCUCGACAACAUCCUCACCCGCACUGGUGAGACUCUUGAUAUGCCAAAGAAGGCCUGCAAGGCCGGCAUUAUGGCUAACAUCCGCUUCCCGACCUGCUGGGACGGCAAGAAUCUCGACUCAGCCGACCACUCGAGCCACGUCGCGUAUCCCGCCAGUGGUACCUUCGAGAGCGGCGGUGCCUGCCCCUCGACUCAUCCCGUCAAGAUUCCCCAACUCUUUUACGAGGUCAUCUGGGACACACGCGCGUUCAACAACCCCAACGACUGGCCCACCGACGGCAGCCAGCCUUUCGUCUGGUCCUUCGGCGACCCAACCGGAUACGGAAACCACGGCGACUACAUGUUCGGCUGGAAGGGCAACGCUCUCCAGACGGCCAUGGACUCCAACUGCAACAUCAACUGCCCUCAGCUCAAGACCCAGUCCAUCUCGCAAGGCAACCAGUGCAGCAAGAAGGUCUCCGUCAACGAGGAAAUCGACGGCUGGCUCAAUGAGCUUCCCGGCGGGAUGCCUGUCACUGAUGCGACUGGCAAGGUCCUCUACUAAGCGGACAGUGUUUAAAUGAUAGUGGUAACAAAUGUAUUUAAUAACUAGAAAUAUUAAUCGUUUCGGUAUAAUGAAGACCGACGUGUAGGCGCGAUUUUGUCAAGACCACGUCUAAUACUAGCAAGAUAGUCUAGCAAAUAGACCCUGAAGCCAUCAAAGUCUAAA